AUUAAAUAAGAUAAAUGUAAAAAUAAUAGAAAAGACAAGUCUCAAUGUUUUUUAAAGAUAAAUCUUAAGAACUUUGAGCCAAAUUCAACAAUGGCUGUUGCUUCAUCAAUUCUUGUAAUCAUAUUCUCAAGCUCCCUUUGCUUCUACCUUCUCUCAAAUCUCUUCAAGUUCCUUGACAGAGUAUGGGUGACACCCAUGCGCAUUCAACGUCUCAUGACUUCACAGGGAAUCAGAGGCCCUUCCUGCAGAUUCAUCUACGGAAGCACCAAGGAAAUUAUCAAAAUGAGAAAUCAAUCUAUGAGUACUUCCAUGAAGGAUCUCUCUCACGAUAUGUUUUCCAGAAUCCAGCCAUAUUUUCACUCAUGGACCAACACUUACGGGAAUAGUUUUCUGUACUGGAUGGGUCCUCGAGCUCAGUUGCUAAUUUCAGAGGCAGAGCUGAUCAGGGAGAUUCUGACUAACAGAGAUAAGAUCUAUACAAAAGGAGAUUUCCAAUUUUACAUUAAAAAGCUAUUAGGAGAUGGGAUCUUUACAUCUGAUGGUGAAAAAUGGUCUAAGAUGAGAAAAUUGGCCAACUAUGCUUUUCACACAGAGAACUUAAAGAAUAUGAUUCCUGACAUGAUUGCCAGCACAGUGAUGAUGCUGGAGAGGUGGAAAAAUCAUCAAGGCAAAGAGAUUGAGGUAGUUGAAGAGUUUAGAUUACUGACAUGUGAAGUGAUUUCUAGGACAGCUUUUGGAAGUAGUUAUCUUCAAGGAAAGAAGAUUUUUGAUAUGUUCACAAAGUUAACCAUGUUAAUAACAAGAAAUAGCUUCAAGCAUGGCAUCAGUAAAAUUUGGAAAAGUAGAGAUGAAAUUGAAGCAGAGAAGCUUGAAAGAGAAUUAGAGAACUCCAUUUUAGAUAUAAUUAAAAAGAGAGAAGAUGAAAUGAUGGGUGGAGAAGUAGAGAACUAUGGAGAUGAUUUUCUGGGAAUUCUACUAAGGGCUAAUCAUGAGAAUGAUCAAUCCAAGAGGAUUUCGUUAAAAGAUGUGAUUGAUGAGUGCAAGACUCUCUAUUUCGCUGGACAAGAAACUACUAAUGUGUUGCUCUCAUGGGCUGUUCUACUUCUAGCAAUCCAUUCAGAUUGGCAAGAAAAAGCAAGAAAUGAGGUUUUCAAGAUUUUGGGUAAACAAACUCCAAAUGCAGAUGGAAUUGCAAAACUGAAGAUAAUGGGAAUGAUCAUCAAUGAAACACUGAGAUUAUAUCCUCCUGUAGUUGGACUUACAAGAAAAGUUGACAGAGAAGUUAAGUUGGGGAAGCUCACUCUGCCUGCUGAUAUACAUGUGCAUAUCUCAACUCUAUUACUCCACCAUGAUCCUCUUACGUGGGGUGAAGAUGUUCAUCUUUUCAAGCCAGAGAGAUUCUCAGAAGGACUUGCUAAAGCUACAAACGACAAUAAGGCCACAUAUUUACCCUUUGGCAUGGGACCUCGCAUUUGUGUAGGAUUCAAUUUUGCAAUUAUUGAAGCAAAGAUAGCUCUUUCGAUGAUUCUACAGCGCUACUCCAUCACCCUUUCCCCCACCUAUGUUCACUCACCAGUUCAGCUUGUUACAAUUCGCCCACAGCAUGGAAUUCAGGUGGUGCUUAAUUCAUUGCACAGUUAAGGUUUAGAGUUUCCAGUAAAAUAUGUAUUUCCAAUAGGUUUAAUUAUUAUUUGGUAAUGUAUUAACGGAAGUUGCUCA